UCGAGCUGCCUGGCAACCGGCGGCACGAGCUGUGAACAGGAAGAUCUGUCGCAGUAAAAGGACAACCUGCGCCCCGGACAUAAACUUCAGAGAAACUGCAAAAACUUCUUUCAGCUGCACCAUGGAGGAUGCAGAUAAAGGUUCACAGCUGCUCACAGACUCUGCUCCUGAAGUGGGAGAAGAUGCAGUGACGAGUGUUGAGGCCCCUAUCCCGCCGCCCGCCAUGACGGAGGAGGAGAGACAGGAGCUGCAGGAGGAGCUGCUCAAGGUUGAAGAUGAGAUCCAGACUCUGUCACAAGUAUUGGUGGCCAAAGAGAAGCAAGUAGCAGACAUAAAAAGGAAGUUGGGAAUUACCCCUCUCAAUGAACUCAAGCAGAACAUCAGUAAAACCUGGCAGGAGGUCACCACCUCCACUGCCUACAAAAGAACGUCUGAAACUCUGUCCCAGGCCGGUCUGAAGGCCACCGCCGCCUUCUCCACUGUGGGCUCCGCCAUCAGCCGCAAGCUUGAAGAUGUCAGGAACAAGCCAGGAUUCAAGUCAUUUGAGGAGAAAGUGGAGACUAUAAAGACUAAAAUGACUCCCACUGCAUCGCCCACUGAACCAGCCAAUCUGGACAGCAGCAGCGCAACCACAGAGUCUUUCUUGAGUCAGCCUGAACCCACAACUGAAGGGGAGACGCCAGUGCACUGAGACCUGCCUUUAACCCCGUGACCUCCCGACCCCUGAAUACCCCAUCCACUUGACCUUUGACCCCUGGACGGCCCACAAGUGCUCUCUUUACUCCAGUGUGUGCCAGCCUCCUUUGUGAUUGAGGCCAAAUGACUCUUCCUAAACUUUAGAGUGAACUGAAUGUGUCUGAUGGGAGCUAUGUGUCAUUAUGUAUGUUGUGUUCUCGCCUUUGUCAAUGUUAAUGCUUUGCUAAUGUCAGCCUUUUGUCCCUAUGUUUUUGGCAGGAAAUGUUUACUUCUAUUAAAGAAUAACAAGGCAGAAAAGUUCAAAUAUACAUCAAUCUGGUCUGCUGUAAUGAUGUUUCCUGAUAGGUGAAGGUCAAUUCUUGUUCAAGGAGUAACAUAAUCUGCUUCUGUGACAAUUGUAGUGCUUUGCUUGGAAUGUUUCACAGUUUUAUUUUGAAUUUUUCUGUCGCAAUGAUGACAAGCAUGUGACACCACCAUGCCAAGUUAUAGGUUGGAGUUGUCCAAAGGGUAAUAAAUAAAAAAAACUUGUGAAAUAAAUGCCACAUAAAUGCAUUUAAUGCCAUGCUGUAGAACAUUCCAAGAAAAGCAAGGAGAUCUCCAGGCAGGUCGUAAACAUCGCACCAGAAAACUCAGUAUACACAGUUCAGCACAGUUUUGUUAAUGGAAGCAUACAUGGCAGGUGCUGAUGAUGUUGUAAUGUUGUAAAGUAUCUAACACUUGUUUUGUGCUGUUCGUAGAAGGUUAUUGCAACCUAACCAUAAUUCUGCAUUACAUUUUAAAGGUCUUAACACUGUGUCCAAAGUAUGAAUGUACUUUGUCUUUCAUUGUGUCAUAUAUAGUGCUGCACUUUAACAUGUAAGCCUGGGAAUAAAAUCUGGUUUGAAAUGCAGCCAUUUUUUCCCUUGACAAGAGACUGACAGAAAGGUGGUCCCGUGCCGAGGUAAUACCAGACAAAAACAGCAGCAUCAGCAGAAGAAGGUGCAAAGCAAACACAGAGGCCUGAGCCUUGACCAGGAGAGAGGGAAAUAAAUAUAUCUCCUUCACAGUCAAUAUUUGAACAACACUUCAUUGUUUCUUUCAGGAAGGUAACACCUACAGAAACUCCCACCAUCACAGCAACAGGGCAGGCCAAUGGUGACUCCAUAACUGUUCAAAGAUAGACUGUAAUAUAAUACUCUAGCUGGACAUGCAUGUCUAUUGAGAAUAAAUAGUUUUAUUGAACCAAGAGAUCAAUACGAGGCUAUGAUGAUGUUGCUUUCUCUAACCGACCAAUUAAAUACUGUGCAGAAAAAAACAGGUCAAUCCAACUGUUCAAAUGGGAGCAAUCUAAACAAAUUGUUGGUUAAUACUUAAAAAUAAAAACAUGCAUGAUAAUGAUAUCUUUCACUUUUGGUUUCAUGAUAGAGUCAUUUCUGUAUUAAAUAAUUUUGAAGUACAAUUGACUGUAAAAGUAACAACAUAUGAAGAAUUAUGUUAUGGAAAUUCUUAUAUAGUCUACAACAUUUGAAUUAUACAUCAAUUAAACACAUUUAAACACG